UGGAUAUAUCUCUAUAUCUCUCUUUGAUCUGUGUACAUCCAACCGCCCUCCCAUCAGACUGGCAUUUGAUUCUUUUCAUCCCGCAUUCUCAUGCACACUAAUGCACACACACGCAUGUCGUUUAUCUUGCUCUUUUUCGGCGAAUGAACUUCUCUCACUCGUUUCUCGAAAAGGCCCUUUAUUUCUCUCAAAUUACCUCAAUUCUUCCUGCUCUUGCUCAAAUACAAAGGACUUUCCCACUAUUCUAAAUAAUAUCCUUCCAAAAUAUAUCCCAAACAAUACAAGCCAUUAUCUCCCUCGCUUCCCAAUUAUGCUGCUUGCUCCCUCUUCCUCUUAAUAUCUCCCUCUUUUCUACUUUCACUUCUACUUCCACUUCUACACCUACCUCUACCUUUUCAAUAUGACUAUCACCAACCAACCAAACUCAACUCCCUUCAUUGUUUCAUCUCCUGGAAAAGUCAUCAUUUUCGGUGAACAUGCUGCUGUCUUCGGAAAACCUGCUAUCGCUGCUGCUGUCUCCUUGAGAACAUACCUACUAGUCGCUCCCAGCAAGGACCCCAACACAAUCAAUUUAAACUUCCCCGAUAUAAACUUCUCUCACAAAUGGAGCAUACAUGAUAUACCUUGGUCAAUAAAAGACAAUUUCAACAACAACGACGACGACAACAACAACACAAAUGACAAAAACAUCCCCAAGCCUGACGACGAACUAGUUCCCGAAUACGUCUCUUCCUUAUCUGAACUUAUCCUCGACAUCAAUGACACCAUCCACUACUGCUCUGCCUCUGCCUUUCUCUAUUUGUACUUGAACCUAUGCUCCCUCUCCACUAUCGGACACACCUUCACCAUAAGAUCAACCUUACCCAUCGGUGCAGGCCUUGGUUCGUCUGCCUCUAUGGCUGUUUGCUUAUCUUCUGCCUUGUCCUAUUUAGGAAACCAUAUUCAAUCUCCUUCCAUCAAAAAUAACGACUUCACCACCAUAGAUUCACCAGACUCUCUAUUCAUAGACUCUUGGGCCUUUAUGGCCGAAAAAUGCAUACAUGGUAAUCCCUCAGGUAUCGAUAACACUGUCUCUUGCCAUGGUGGUGCUAUCAUGUUCCAAAGAAUGAAAUCCUCGAACCCCAGUAUUAGAACAAAAAUGAGAAACUUCCCUUCUUUAAAUCUACUACUAACCAAUACAACUCAUCCCAGAAAAACAGCCGAUUUAGUCGCAAACGUAUCCUCCUUCACAAACGAGUUCCCAAAAACUAGUGGCUCCAUCUUGGAUGCUAUUGAAAGUUUAACAAGAGAGGCCUAUAACAUAAUGAUUCGUCCAUUUUUCGAUAAUGACGCCAAAUUCAAAAUCAGCCAAUUGAUCAGAAUCAACCAUGGCCUAUUAGUAUCUCUCGGUGUCUCUCACCCAACCUUGGAAAAUAUUAAACUACAAUGCGAUUUAAUGGAUAUUGGUGAAUCAAAAUUAACCGGUGCAGGUGGUGGUGGUUGUGCUAUAACUAUUCUCAAAGACGAUGCAGAUCAAUCAAAAGUAAGCCAAAUAAUCACCAGUUUCAAAAAUGAGGGCUACAAAACUUAUCAAACAACUUUAGGCGGCAAAGGUGUUGGUUUACUACUACCAAACUAUGUUGAUAUAAACAAUAUUAAUACUAAUACUAAUACUAAUACUAAUACUCAUAUUAAUAGGAACCCCAAUUAUAGCAAAAUUUUCACUCAAGAUGGCUUCUUGAGUUUCAAAACUCAAAAAGAAAUUGAGAAUACUUUUGGUGUUCAAAACGCUCCAGAUUGGAGGUUUUGGUAGAUUCUUUUACCCUCUUCCUUUUAUUUCAAUAUUUUAUUAAUAUUCUUUUCACUACUUUAUUAUAAUACUAUUUUUGACUUUUUGGCGCAUGAAACUUAACUUAUUAAUAUUCACAUUUUAUUUUUACCUUUUAAUUAUGACUAUACUUUUAUAUUGAGAAACCUAUAUAGCCCAGUUUUUUCUAUAUUUAUUUGUUUCCUCAUCUUAUUUUACUUUUUUUUUAAGUUAUAUAUCAAUAUUCUUUCCCCCUAUUUAUAAAUAAUAAAUGAUUUGGUUUAUAUCAAAGAAAUUUAAUCCAAAAAUCUAAAUUAUUCUGAUUUCAACUGUUCACCAUUUUAUAACUAAAUUGAUCUAAAGAUAUUUAAUGGUCAUUUAUUACUAUCGAAAACCAAUAAUGAUUUGAAAUCGAAAUAAUACCGAUCAAAAUA